AGGGCAGGGCCGCCCGGAAGUCCUGACCUGCAGGUGGCGCCGGCCGGAGGCUGGGGCGUUGCUGCCACCAGUGGGCGGGGCAGCGGGGCAGCGGGGCGGGGGCACCCUCACCUGUCCGUGUGUGGGGAUCAGCCUGGGCUCCGUGGCCUCCGCUUGCACCGGACGUGGACCCAGGCUACCGGUGGGCAAGAUAGAGGACUGAGCCCAGGCACGCACGGCUGGCCAGGUGGGAUCCCCACCCCCGCUCAGCCUUCUUUCUGCAUGGAUGCUGAAGGACCAGGCUCACUUGAAGUUCUGAGUUUGAGCAGUAAGGUGGAAACAAAGAAACCAAUGGAAACAAAGAAACAAGUCAUUGUGGCAAAGCUCCCCACCACAGAGAAGCUGCCCUGAGUGGAAGGGAGGGUGUGGGCAUGCCCAUUUGUUUCGUGUCUCCCAGUGCUCUUCGCUUUCUUAUUGCAGACCUGCAUGGUUACAACAAAAUGAUCUGCAAAACUGAAAAUAUUUACUCUCUGGCUUUUACAGAAAAGGCUGACCAGCCUCUGGUUCCCGUACCGGUCAACUGAUUGGAGUACCUUUCCAGUUUGGAAACAUCUGGGCAGGCCCAGCUGGUAAGUUUACUUUUCUACUUUGACCAAGCAAACUGAAGCCAACAGAAGAGAACUUUCACCAGCAACUCCCAGCACAUCCGCUCGCCUUCUGAUGUCUGUGACCUCACUCUCGCUGCCCCACCUCUUAUUACAGAUUGAACAGGAUCCAGGGGGAAGUACCAAGCCUGUCCCAUCGGCCAUCCUGUGUGUCAUGUCCUGUGACCCAGUGGAUGCUCAGCACCCUCCAGCUGAAGAAACAGAUUGCCUUAGGUACAUGAAAGGUGAGGACACCUACUAUCCCCAUGGAGCGCAGGUGGGGCUGGGAGUCUGCUGUUUGUACAGCCGGUGGGCUCGUGUUGCUUUGGGCAUCCCUGUGCCUGAAUUCCUGCAGUACACUCGGUGCCUGUUUCCUAAUCUGCAAAACUGGAAUGAUGUUAACCAUCCCGCAGUGCAUUCCAUGGUGCAUCCUCGCCUAGAAUUGAGUGGAAGCAAGUCCAUCUCAGAAGGGACAUACCUGAAGAGAAAUGGCUUUCCAGACUCUGAAGGGCAGAGAAAGCACCAGCCUGGGUUAGAGAAAGAGAACAGCAUCUCUGAGCCCGUCCUGGGUGACCUCACAGAGAUCACCCUAGUGGCCCAGGCUAGUGACCGGGAACAUGUACCUUCCUGCAGCCAACCCCAGACGUCCACUGAUGCAUCAUAUACUGGCAAAGAUCCUGGCCUGGGGGGGUGUUGGCCGCCGGAGAUUCGCCAGAUGUUGGACUCCAGCUUAACCACCGGAAGUGGGCAGGAUGUGCUGAGGGGGCGGAGGCAGCCGCCAAGGCAGCGACGGAGGGGGCUGUCCCUGGCCAGCCGGUCAAUUUGUUCCCAUCUCAACAUUUGCUGUCCCAGUUUCGCAGGACGCCCUUCUCCAGUUUAUCCUUCUCCUGGGAGGUGACAUUUUAGGUUAUUGGGUCCCAGAUUGCUGGCACACUCAUCCCUGUUCUCAAACAUCUUUUAAACUUGGGUGAAGUGAUAAGUUGGGGAAGAAGAUGAUUUACUGAAAGUCUCCCGAGAAGAGAUUCAGACUGAACAGCUUUGUGUCGGACUUUGGAAGACCGCUGGUGCCCAAGGGGUUCUCUGGCAGCACAAUGACGAAUCUAGGUCCCUCUUUCACUGCUACGUCAAUGAAGUGGACCGCAUGGACAAGGCCAAAGCUGGUAUCCCAACCAUAGCCCUUGACAGUGAUGUUCGGCUCCAGGAAGCCAUCAGAUGCAGCAGGUGGCCAGAGAAGGAGCCUAACGGGCUCAUGAAAUGUGACACCCCCAGCUUCAUCAACACGGACCAGAACUCUUCCUUUGGGGAAGAUGAUCUCCUGAUUUUGGAACCACCGAUUGUUCUAGAAAAUAAGCCAGUUGCCCAGACCUCACACAAAGACUUGAAUUGGAAAUGUGCUUUGUCAAGUGUUUCUCUGAAGAUGUGAAGUCUGUCUUUGUAUGGCAGGAAGUCCCCUUUCACAAAAUUGUAUGUGUUUGUGUCUGAGAGAGAGAAAUGGAGACAGACAGAAAGACGGAGACAGAAGAGAGCCCCCUCAGAAGAGAGCUAGUUAAGCACCCCAGACUGACGAAGACAGUGGAGAAUGCCUCUGAGUUUGGCACUGAUUGCCUGGAGAAUGCUGAAACCCAGGGAAGUGGGCAGCACAGACGUUUACUCAUUUAAUCCUGCCAACACAGUAGGAGAUAGAGUCUACAUAUUCCUCGCUACUUAAAAGAUCCCUGCCUUCUCUCUGCUCCUCCUGUCCAUGUCUCUCCCUCCACUUUUCCCCUUCUCCCCUCCUCCUCCCAUCUUCUCCGUCCCUCCCUUCCCCAACUUCUCUUGCAGAACACAGAGAGGAUAGCUGGCCCUCCUGCGCAUGCGCAGUCUGUGCCAGCUGGACCGAGGGUUGGAAGCUGCAACUCCGAGCCGGGGAUCGGCCCCAAAGGCUUCUCAGCUCUUUCGCCCGGUAGGACUUUGGCUCCUGCCCCGGCGCCCCGGCCACAGCUGUCCAGGGCCAAGUGUGCACUUGCCGCGUCUCGCCCCAGCCGGGCUCCCCUCAGUCCGCGGCUGGCGUCCCCUUCCCCUCUCCCGCCCGCGAGUUCUCUCCUCCCGGGCUGCCUCUCCUCGGCCGCCGGCCCGUCCCCGCCCCUGGGCGGGCUGUGUCCCGGGCGGGCGGGGUCUGCGGACCCGGACGGGGGCGGGCGGCUGGGGCUGGGGCUGGGGCUGGCCUCCGAGCGGGGCUACAGCCCGCGUCCCCCCCCCCCCGCUUUCCCUGACCCGCGACCCCGGGGCUGCCCUCCUCUCCCUUUCCCGCUACCUGGGGACCAGCUCAGUGGUGUGGGCGCUGCUCCCCGGGCUGAGAGCCUCCGGCUGUGAACCCCAGCUUCUCCUGUUGGAGUCGGGAAAAGGGAGCGUCAGUGCUGAGCGAGCUUCCGUCUCCUCCCUCAGUGUUUCUGCCCCAGUACGUUUUGGUUACUGAGACCCUCGAAUUCCCAUAUGAAUUGUAGCAGCAGCUAGUCAGUUUCUGCAGAGGAGACCGCAGGGAUUGUGAUCGAGACCACGUUGAAUAUACGGAUCGUUCUGGGGAGCACUGCCAUUCCAAAAGCGCUGUCUUCUGAUCCAGCAAUGUGCGUGGUUUGUCCAGGUGCCCUCACCUCCAGUAGCAUCCAUCCAGACACCGGAACUGACACUGGCCGUGCUCCGAACUGCCUCAGCCCUGAAGACACAACUGACAAAUAGAAGGGGACCACGCCCUGUUACAGCAGGUGCUCUCACUUUGUGGAUCCUUAUGUAACUGAGCGGUGUUAAUCAGGAUUGCCCGUUCUACAUUGUGUGGCGCUGCUGCGGUGUCUCCUAGUUACUUGUUUCUCUCGCUUUAUUCACUCAGGGGAAUAUCAUGGACGUCCUCCCACUCCAGACUCACCCGGCCCUUUCAGAUAGAUUGGAGGGGUCUCCUGAUGUGCGGGUGUCGUCUCUUGUCCACGGAAACAUUUGGUGCGAGACUGCUGUGGACAAGGCCCUGGACCACGGCGAAACGCCGGCUCCCUCAGCGCCCGCAGCUCGCCUUGAUUUACCGCAUCAUUGUCUUGAUGGUGGACAGUUAAGUUUUCUCCAUUUUCCACUGUCAGAAAGAAUGUUUGAGUUGCAUCCUUCUUGUACAGAACUUCCUGUGAUCUUGUAUGUGUAUUCCUUUAGUUAAGGCUUCUGGAAAUUUAGUCCCUGGAUGUGACAUUUACAUUCAUCACAGACUCCUUUCAAGUGACUAGAAAUUCCUUCUCCAUUGGGGAAUGAAAAAAUGCACAAUUACUUAUGUAACCAAUUCUCUAUCGCUGGAUAUGAUUUCACUUCAGUUUUUCUUCCCACCUUUGUAAACAGUGCUGUGUAAAUGCCCUGAUGGGUACAUCUUUUUGGACUGAUUUUUUUUUCCUAAAGGAAACGAUUCCUAGAAGUGGAGUUGAGUCAGUGUGUAUGUACGUUUUUCAGAGCUUACAAAUCCAUUGAUAUGUCAUCCUCUGAAAAAGUCGCUCAUGAUUUGUUCUCCCACAGAUGGACACUAGCUAGAUUAUCUUAAAAAUAUUUGCCAAUAUGAUAAGCAAAAGUGCUUUUUCAUUGUUUUUUUUUGCAUUUGAUGACCAGUGAAGUUUUGAGCAUUUUUCACUCAUUAGUCAUUUGACUUUUUUAAAAUGAAUGAUUCCUUUUGUCCUUUGCCCACAUUUAAGUGAGGGAGCUUCUUGUUGCUUUGUGACAGCUUUUUGUAUGUUAUGAAAAUUAACUUCGUGAAUUCAUCAACAUGUAUCACAGAGCUUUUUCUUGUCAUUUCUUUCCUUUCAUUUUGUUCAGGAAGUUUUCUGAUUUUUGUUGUGGCUCAAACUAUUCUUAGGAUAGUAAAUGUCUUCCUUAUGGGUUUUAUCUUUGACAUUAUUCUUAGAAAUACUCUCUUAUAAUGGAAUAAAUCUCUUCUGUAGGUAUUUUUUAAUCUCUAAGAUGGAGAUUAUAAUAGUACAUGUUAUAGUGAGGAGAAGUUGAGUUAAUAAGAGCAAAGAGUUGUAUUUGCUGUUACUAGUACUUUUUAAUAUUUACAUCGCUAUCUGCAAUUUAUCUUGUGGUCAUUAUGACAGGAGUAGAAUUUAUUCUUUCCAGGUGAUUCUCUGUCCCAGGACAAUUAUCGAAUUCAUAAUUUUCUCUUUGAUUUGAAAUCCCACCUGUACAAAAUACUUACAUACACUAGAGUCUUUUUUGAGCUCAUGGUUCCCUUCUGUCAAUCUCCUUUCCUUACUCCAGCACCAUAUCUUACAUGUUGUAAAAAUUUAUUUAAUAACUGGCAGUCUGAUUUUUUUUGAUUCUUUUCUUCCAUCCCAAAUUUUCUUGUCAAGUAUUAUGACUUUAUUAUUCCUGAAGAAUUCCAAAAUAUUUUGUUCAAGUUAAAAAAAAUCAGAUUGGAAUUUUCAUGGGAUUUUUUAGUAAGUUUUGAAUUAUUCUUAGGAGAACUUACAUCUUUACAAAACUGCUUUUCUCCAUGCAAUAUGUUUAUGUCUCUACAUUCAUACCUCUUACUUUAACCCUCAGUACAGUCCUGAAGUUUCUCCAUUUAGAAUAUGGGCAUUAUUUUUGAAUUUAUUCCAGAUUAUUGUUUAUGUUUUUGUUAAUUUUGUAAGUGAGAAUUUUUUGCUAUUAUAUUUUUAAAUGUUUAAAACUGACAUUUAGAAAGGAAGAUUCGGUUUGUCAAUACUCACUUUGUAACUUGUCAUUUAAAAUUGUAAGUAUUAAGUACUUGUUCCAGAAUCCUUUCUUUUCUGUUUUUUAAAAUUUGUUUCCAAGAUUCUCAAAAUGUUCAUAGCUAAGUAGUAUAGGUGGGGACACAGAUGGAGAGAGGAAGUGUGGCUCACGAACAAACUGUGAGCAAUUUCAUGGCUGCCUUUAGGCUGGAGAAGCCACAGAAGAGCCCAGGUUAGACCAAGGGUGGCUUUGUAUGCACUUGAAAGCCAGCUUUCCUGCCUGUAUGGUGAAGCCUGGUGGGCGUGGCAGGUAGAUGAUCAAGGUCUGAUCAAGGUCAUUGGCUGCACAGAGCACUGUGUCUGUGAGAACUGGAGACCAUUACCAUGGGAAAUGCUUGGCGCCAGGAACACUGCAGGGGAGCUGGGGAGCCUGUGUGUUAAGGAUUUUCCAGCCCUGGGAGUGGGAAGAUGAGACUCUGCAUUCAGAUCUGAGUUUGAAUUCAUCCUCUCUUGUUUACUGGUCCUCUGACUUUUGUCAAGUUAUCUACCCGCUUUGAACUCCUGUUUUCUUGUCUCUCAAAACAGGAGAAUUACAGCCUGCUGCUAGAGUGUUUGAUCAGGGUAAAUGAUUUGUGUCUAUAAGAUGCCACGUACAGUCACAAUCUCAGUGAGAAAUGGGCUGUCGCCUCUUCUUCUGCAACUCAGUGCUCGAUAAGACAUCGGGGGAAAGCCAGUCCCUAAUUUGUAUGUGAUGCAAUGAGGAACAAAAUUAACGUCUUGCCUUUCCCUAGCAGGAUUCUUAUUUCUUUGCUUCAUUUACCUCUUUCCUCCUUUACUCUCCCCUUUCACCUCCUCCACCAAAAGAGACUGAGUCUGUCUCAGAACACUACAUUCAAAUUACUUUAAAUGUUGGCUCAUCCCCAUGAAAUUACAGUGAAAUUAAAAAUAAUCUGUACACGUCCCAGACAUGAUUAUAUUUGAUUUACACACACACACACACACACACACACACACACAAUCAGGCUACCUCCCAUUUGCUGAGGGAGAAGGACCACUUUUUCUGAGUUUUCAUUCACUGAGCGUGAGAGCAAAGUCUCUUAAGCAGAAAUUCGCCUGGCUUCUUGCAUGGUUUUUUAAAUUGGAUUUCUGCUUUGUGUCCACAGAAAUAGACUCCUAUUAGAAGAGGGGAAGUGGAGACAUAGAUAUUCUGCUGAGAUAUUGGUGUCAUCAUAUUUGAGUUGGAAAGGACUUACGACAGCAUAGAGUCGUACCUUUUUAUGGGUGAGAAUCCAUGAUAGUGUAACUUGGACAAGAACCCGGGUCUUCUGUCUUCAUGUCCACGCGGAUGAAGAGGCAACUGGGUGGGGGAAGGCAGGGAUCCUUACUUGAGUUCCGGGGUCUUGCUAGUUUCCAUUGUUCAGCUGCCUUUAGUUUAUGUCCAUGUGGCCUCUCAUGGGAAGGUCACUCUAUCCUGAUAGAUUGAGUUUCUAAUCAGCAAAAAGGUCUGGACCCACUCAUGUUUCCCAGAGAUUUUCUGCUGACCUGCUGACAGUUUAUAUACAUGAGAUCUUAGAAACUGCUGGAUAUAAAAUCCUUAUUGUUAUCAUUUGCCCUCGAGUUCCACAGGAAUGGGGUGCUGUCUCAGGCUGUCUAAGGCCAGCUCUGAACAAAGAUAGGGUGAUAGGCUGUGCAGCUGGACACUCCCCAGUCGAAUGGGAUUUCCACCUUAGUUUUUAGAAUCAGGCAGAUGAGUUCAAAUCUUACCUUUACCAGUUAUUAGCUUUGUGACCUUGAGGAAGAAACUUUACUUUUUUGGGGACAAAUUUUCUUUAUCCGUAAAUAAGUUCAGUAUUUAUUUUAGGGUUUUUGUUUUAGAAUUGAAUGAGCUAAUUCCCUCACUUAUUCCUAAAAUACUGAUCACAUGGUUCUAUGCUGGUGACCUAGUGGUUGAUUACUAAGGGACUCAGUAGUGAGAAUGUGGGUGAGGCUCCCUGGAUAAUAGAGCUUAUAUUCCAUGAUAUGCUUGUAAAAGACUGGAUUGCAGUGGAUUUUUAGUAAAUGUCCAUUCUUUUCCUAAUCCCCAUUGAUUGUGUAUAUAUCUUUAUACAAAUAUAUGAACAAUUUUUUAUUGCAAUAUAAGUCUUUUUGUAGUAUUUAAAGUAUGUAGCUAUAACAAAAAUACGUGAAAUAAAAUGAUUUGACUUUUAUUUUCUUUUCAAUAAACAAAACAAAAUAAAAUAGAAAAGAAAAGAAAAAGUUUUGAAGGAGUAGAAAUAAUUUUAUUUCCGUGUAAUCGACUCCCUAUGUUAGGUUUUUCUGUUGUGUUCUUAAACAGCAUAUAAAAUUGACAGGUUUUGACUUCAGUGUUGAUAGCUGGGUGAGUAUAGUUUCUUUUUGUGGUUGUCUUUGAUGAAUUAUUUGCACUAGAUCAUAAAUAAUGUGCAUGUUACAUAUUGGAAACGAGGAAAGAGUGGAGACAUACUACCUCCAAUGCAGUCAUUUUGUUACCGAGUCCAAACUCAUUCUGCUCACCAAAUGACAGGCCAAUAAACUGGGAGAUGAGGUGUUGGAGCAAGGAAUAGUGACUUUAUUUGCAAAGCUGGCAGACCCAGAAGAUGGCAGACUGAUGUCCUGAAGAACCAUCUUCCCCAAGUCAGAAUUGAGUCUCCUUUUAUACUAAAAAGGGGUGGGGCUGCAGUUGGUUGUUGGAAACUUCUUGUUGUAUGAAUUGCUUGUCCUUUGAAUCCGCUGUUCUUGCAGCUGUCCAUGUGGAUCAAAUCAUGUUGCCAUUGUAAUACCUCCAAAAGUAAAACAAAGUUAUUCUCUAUUUUGCAACUUGCCAUCUCUACAUAAGUGCAGAUUAGUUAGCAUCCUUCAAGAUCACGGCCAGGAGAAGAGGCUGUCCUGGAUAUUUCAGUCUAAAGGCAACUUUCUUUUACAAAUGGUGCAGAGAUAGCAAGUCUGAGCCUAGAAAACAGGGCACAGGUUUAAAGCCAAAGGAACAGACCUAACAUGGGGUCAAAAUUGUUCUUUUCUAUUACAAUUCCCUUUUCCGCUUCAUAGAUAAUUUUAGUAAGAAACAUGAGCAAUUUUGUAUUUUUGCUUCUUAAUAACCGAUAAGUGGGCCAACUAUAUUUUUGUGAGCAGGGAUGCUGUGCGGGCAUAGGGGUCACAGCAAACUCUUGUUGGGGGUGGCCGACCCUGGAACAUGUCUGAUGCCCCGUGAGUGUUGGUGAGGGUCCCCUAGCCAGCGGCUCUCUUCAGGAGGCAGCAUAUGGGCAUUGAUAUCUGGAGACCUCAUUUUCGGCUGCAGGAAAUUUUUUAGAUACUGCGAUUGAAAAAUCACUCCAGCUGGGGAUAAUUAGGGAAAAAAGGAAAAGGAAAAGGGUUUGGAGUAGAGUAGAAGAGAAGGACAUCAGAUCACGGAGCCUGAGUGCUUGGCAGCGGGGCUUCGGGGGAGAGGGGAGCAGACGUGGGGAGGGGCCUGGCACCGGAACCAGCUCCUGCACCUGUCAACAUGCCCAAGCCACAUAGCUUUUAAUUGGGCCACCUCUCUGGGCUGGAUGUCACCCUGUGCAGAACCUUGAGAAUCGAAGGUAAGGGGUGGGCAGCACUCACCUAGGGGUCACUGUAGAUUUCGGUCAAGUCCACAGUGCCUUUUCUGUUCAUGUGUCUUCACUUGUCCUUUAUCUCAGGAUCUGAGGAGGAGGAGAAAGGAACUCAGAUAGAGAUCCAGGAAGAUAUCCGACUGUGUUAAGAGAGGACAGACACAGUGACACGGGGAGCGAGGACACUUGCAGCAAAGUAAAAUGACUUCACAACUAUUGCUUCAGAGUUGCAGUGUAAGAAUGCCGGUGACUGAGUUAGAAGCAUGCUCCCAAGCUGUCCGUGUCCUUGCCAUUCAGAAGCGGACCCUGGAAGCUUCCAAAUUUCUCCAGAAUGCGUUCUACAUUCACUUUCGGCAGAUACCCAGCUUUCCCUGCACCAUUUGUUGAAUAGACAAUUCUUUCCAUGGAGUGUUGUUGGCACCCUUGUGGAAAACUGACUGUAAAUAUAAGGAGACUGAGAAUUAAGUCUUCUCUCUUUGGGUGGAGCUCAUUAUCAAUGACGGGAAGUUGUAAGGAAAAAGAUAUUGAUUCAUCCUGAGAAAACAUUUUUCUGAGAGUCAGCAGUGAAGAAGGUGGACACUGAAGAAGGUGAUCAUUGUUCGAUUGAGACGAGCCCCGGGUUGUACGGAGUCAGCAUCCCUGUCCUGGACACAGCCAGUGCAGAGCUGCGUGAACCCAGAGUGGAUCGCUGGCCCUCCUGCGCAUGGGCAGUCGGUGCCAGCUGGACCGCGGGUUGGAAGCUCCAGCACCGAGCCGGGGAUCGGCCCCAAAGUCUUCUUAGCUCUGUCGACCGGUAGGCCUUUAACUCCUGCCCGGGGCCGGGGCCUCUGGCUGUGGAAGUGCAAGGAGGGGGGCUUCCGGGAAAGGGGUCAGGCGGCUGCGGGAGGGCGGUCGGCAUGUCACAGCCCCCCAGGGCGCCAGUCAGCCUGUGUUCAGCUGAAUUGCUCUGGCCAGACCCCUCUGCCCGCGCCACCUACCCCGGCGCCCCGGCCACACCUGUCCAUGGCCAGGUGUGCACCUGCAGCCUCUCACCCAGCCGGGCCCGCCUCAGUCCGUUGCUGGCGUCCCCUUCCCCUCUCCCGCCCGCGAGUCCUCUCCCGCCCGAGAGUCCUCUCCUCCCGGGCUGCCUCUCCUCGGCCGCCGGCCCAUCCCCGCCCCUGGGCGGGCUGUGUCCCGGGCGGGCGGGGUCUGCGGACCCGAACGGGGGCAGGCGGCUGGGGCUGGGGCUGGCCUCCGAGCAGGGCUGCAGCCCGCGUUUCCACCAACCCCCCGCCCGCUUUCCCUGCCCCGCGACCCCGGGGCUGCCCUGCUCUUCCUUUCCUGCUCCCUGAGGACAAGCUCAGCGGCGUGGGCGCUGCUCCCUGGGCUGAGAGCCUCCGGCUGUAAAGCCCAGCUUCUGGUGGAGUCGGGAAAGUGGAUCCUCAGUGCUGAGCGAGCUUCUGUCUCCUCCCUCAGUGUUUCUGCCCCAGGGCCUGCAACAUGAGCAUCCCUGACUACGUGCAGUUUGCUGAGGACUAUGAGACUCUUCCCGUGGUGGUCAAACCAGUGGGGAUCAUCUCAGAGGAGAAUUUCUUUUGCAUCUAUAAGCGAACCUCCUUGGUGAGCCAGAUCAGCCCGUGCAGCUCCCAGGGCGCACUCUCUACGCACUACAGGCACCACUAUGCGCCCAAGAAUGGAUGGAGCUUCUUCCAGACCCACCGCAUGGUUGUGGGCCUUGUCACCAUUACCGACUGCCUCUCGGCCAAGGCCUUCGAGAAGCUCCACGUGCAGAGGAGCUGUAUGGCAUCAUGCUUAAUGACUCUCAGCUCUUUGUCUUUGUGCUGCAUGGGGAGGUAAGCCAAGCAGCCGCGCACCGACGUGGCCUUCAAUCUAUGAGGACUGCAGGGUGGUGGAGAAGAGGAUCGAGGACUUCACUGAGUCACUCUUCAUCUUGCUCAAGUCCAAGUGGCUGGAUGGGGCCCCUGACAAGUCUGGGGACAAGAUCCCACUCCUCUGCAUGCCGUUUGAGAAGGAGGACUUCAUGGGACUGGACACAGACAGCAGGGCCCUGUGAUCUACAUGCCCGCACUCACCAUCUGCUCCUUGGAGAUGAGGUGUCAGGUUUAGGAGCCUGGGCACUGCUGAGGGCACAGCUGCCAGCACCGUGCUACACGGAGGCUGGCUCCGUUCACCUCACAUGUCACCUCCUGCUGAUCCACCAGGCGUCAGUCAAGUACGUUUUGGUUACUGAGACCCUCGAAUUCCCAUAUGAAUUGUAGCAGCAGCUAGUCAGUUACUGCAGAGGAGCCCACUGGGAUUAUGAUCGAGACCACGUUGAAUAUAUGGAUCGCUCUGUGGAGCACUGACAUUCCAAGAGCACUGUCAUCUGAUCCAGGAAUGUGCGUGGUGUGUCUGUCCAGAGUUCUAUGUAUAGUUGGUUACAUUCUAUACAUGGAAAUUUCUCCAAAACUGCUUCCCACGUGUGUCCCAUGGCUCGGAAUGGGGUGGUUCUGCUCAUUGACGGGUGUUGGCCAGAAACCGAAAAUGACAUCCUCCAAGAAGCCUGGGAUUUGUCAGUUAUGUUUUGUCAGUGCUGAUGACUUCAGAAAAUGCUUUCACAGUUCCUCUCCAUCUGAGGCGGCAGCAUGCUCUCUUAGCAGCAUCAGGAGCUCAGGGCCACGGGAUGGUGGGGGUGACUGCACUGCCUUCAAGACAGCUGAGUUAGUCACUGCAGGCGUGGUGCUUUCACGUAGUGCAUUUCAUGUUCUUUAAUAGGCUUCAACAGGGAGUUAAUUGAGUUAAUUAACAUGUAAUAAAUAUGAUGCUUUGUUGUAAAGACAGUUAUAGGCAGAAUAUAAGCUGUGAAGACUUUAAAAAAUGUUUCAUUACUUAAAUUUCAGCAGGGAAGAUUUAGUUUAUCUUAUUUAUGCCUCUCUUUAAAAGUAACAAAGAAACAAGACAGAAAAAGCAGAGGAUGAUUUCUGUUCUUCCUCUCGGCAUGCAGGUGCCCUCACCUCCAGUGGCAUCCAUCCAGACACCAGCACUGACACUGGCCGUGCUCAGAACUGCCUCAGCCCUGAAGAUACAACUGACAAAUAGAAGGGGGCCAUGCCCUGUUACAGCAGGUGCUCUCAAUUUGUGGGUCCUUAUGUAACUGUGCGUUGUUAUUCAGGAUCGCCCAUUCUACAUUGUGUGACGCUGCUGCGGUGUCUCCUAGUUAUUUAUUUAUGAACCUCUGUACAGUUUUCCCCAAUGGCUCCACCAAACUGCAUUCCCACCACAGUGCAGGAGGGUUCCCAGUUCUCCGUAGCCUCUCCAGCAUUUACUGUCUGUGAACUUCUGAAUGAUGGCUAUUCGGAUUGGUGAGAGCAUUCCUAGGAGAGAAUUCAGCAGUGCAGCAUCCUCUCCGAGCUCUAUGAGUUGAUCGGCUUCCACCGCAAGUCCGCCUUCUGCAAGCGGGUGGCCCCCGUGCAGCGCGCGGCCCCCGGCAUCACGGAGCCUGGCGGGAAGGCCUGCUACCGACUCCUUCUGCAGACGCUUCCUGGCUACAGUCUGUCGCUGGAUCUGCAGGACUUCAGCAAAGGUGUUGGAACUAAAACAUUGCUUCAGUCCCAUUAACCAUGCCUGGUUUGGGCCCUGCUGUCCUGUCUCAUCAGGGUGAAUCCUGAUUCAUUUAGAAAAGGGCUCAGCAGACAUUUUCUGUCAAGGGCUUGGGAGUAAGUAUUUCAGUGUCUGCAAACCUCCUGAUCUCUGGUGCAGCUGCUCAGCUCUGCUGUUCAGACGCCAGAGCAGCCGGACAUUCCACACACACACAGAGUUUUAUUAACAGCGUUGGCUGGGGCUGGAUUCGGUGUAUGAACUGCAGUUUGUCCCCACAGCUCCUCACUAUUGACGCCUGCACCAGAGCGUGCAUUUGCGACAAUGGGUGAACCUGCACUGACACGUCAUCAUCACCCAGAGCCCAGACUUGACACUAGGAUUUACACUUGGUGGUGUGCACUCUGUGGGUUUGGACAGAUGUGAAAUGACAUGUAUCCGCCGUCACAGCAUCAUACAGAGUAGUCUGUCUUAGUGACCUUAAAAUGCUCCGUGCUGCACCUCAUUCAUUGCUCCUUCCCCUCUAGCCUCUGACAGCCACUGAUCUUUUACUCUCUUUGGUGUUCCCUUUCCCAGAACACCAUACAGUUGGAAUCAGACAGUUGCGGAACCUUCCCAGAUUGGCUUCUUUCACUUAGUAAUAUGCAUUUAAGGUUCCUCCAUGUCUUUUCCAUGCCUUGAUAACUCAUUUCAUUUUAGCACUAAAUAAUAGUCCACUUUCUGGCUGGACCACAGUUUAUCCAUUCACCUACUGAAGAAGAGCUUAUUUGUUUCUGAGUUCUGGUGAUUAUGAAUAAAGCUGCUAUUAACAUCUGUA